AUGGCCAACACUCUUGGAAUGGAAAAGCAGCGUGCUAAUGUUCCCAUAUCUGGCAUCAACAAUGUCAGGAGUGUGGCACGAGACAAGGUGGAAGUUCAUUUUCAAUCCCGAUGCAGUGAUUUCCGUGCAGCAGUUGAAUGCCUGGUGACCCCCAAGGUCACUGGAACAAUCCCGACAACAAACAUCGAUGUCACUGAUUGGGUAAUCCCAGAUGGUAUUCAACUAGCCGAUCCGUCGUUCUUCAAAUCCAAUAAAGUUGAUAUGCUGAUUGGCGCAGAAUUGUUCUUUGCACUGAUGAAACCAGGACAUAUCACACUCGAUGACGAUCUUCCCGAGCUACGAAACUCGCACCUAGGAUGGCUAGUAACUGGUGCUUACCGGACAACACGAAAAGAAGAAGCGAUCCAGUAUUCUCAUGUUGCAUCUCUCGAUUCUGUCGAACAAAUGAUUCGCCAAUUCUGGGAAAUUGAAGAAGUUCCGAAUACUGCCACUACUUCGACCGAAGAACAACGAUGUGAAGACCAUUUUACAUCAACACACUUCCGAGACAACAGUGGACGAUUUGUGGUUCGAUUACCGCUCAAAGAGAACGCCAAUCAGAUGGACAGCUGCCGAAAUCUAGCAAUGCGACGCUUUUUCAUGCUAGAAAAUCGGCUACAGCGCAACCCCGAACUGAAAGCGCAAUAUGUGGACUUCAUCCGAGAGUAUCUGCAACUUGGUCAUUGCCGAGAGGUAAAUGUGAUCGACAACAUCAAGCCAUAUUAUUUGCCACAUCACGCGGUACUUCGUCCUGGAAGCUCGUCGACAAAAUGUCGGGUUGUUUUCGACGCAAGCGCUAAAUCUGCUCCAACGAAUCUGUCGCUCAACGAUGUGCUGCUGAUAGGUCCAGUAGUUCAAAGCGACAUCGUCUCCAUCAUGCUUCGCUUUCGACUACACCAGAUUGUUUUCUCGGCGGACAUUACCAAGAUGUACCGUCAGAUUAAUGUGCACCCCGACGACACACACAAGCAGCGUAUAUAUUGGAGGGAGAAUCCGAACGAUCCACUGAAAAUUCUGGAGCUACUGACCGUCACUUACGGUACUGCUUCAGCGCCUUUCCAAGCCACUCGAUGCCUGGUGCAGCUGGCCAACGAAGAAGAAGCGACAUUCCCGAUAGCAGCAAAUAUCAUCAAGUCUGACUGUUAUGUUGACGACGUCUUAUCAGAGACUGCUACGAUCGACGAUGCUAUCGAAGCCCAACACCAGCUACAAUUGAUGUUGGAUCGUGGUGGAUUCCCAAUUCACAAGUGGUGCUCUAAUUCACCCGAGCUAUUGUGCCUUGCAGCGAAGAUUAGCAAAGAUAGCGCUCCGCCAAGUUGGCGACAAAAUAAAAUCAAGAUAGCGAAACUGUCAUUCUAA